CACGUAAGUAUACGAGUACCUCUUUUUGAGAAUACAGAGAAAACCGAAAGAAAAAAUCUCGUCGGAUUCCGAUUGGAAAGCUUCUCCUGUUGCGGUGUUGGUUGCCACUGUUCCGCGGUUCAUGUUUUGUUAGCUAUCAGAUAUUACAUCGUUGGACUUUCUCCCCAAUGGAUUUAUCUGGUGGAGUUUUUGGCUGCCAAAGCCAGUCUACCUCUGAAAAUAACAUAAGGACCUUGGACUUUUUAAGGAGUAACGCAUAAACAAUUCCAGUCUUCCCCACGCCAGUCCUACUGAGAGGGGAAGAUGGCACAUCAACAUCUCCCAUUGGAGCUUCCCCAGUGGACAGCAGUCCCAGAUGGGGACCCUGACUCAGAUUCUGACCAGGACUCAGGAGUCGGAGAAGAUGCCGGCAGUCACCGUGGCAAUGACAUCUCGCACCGGCAGGAUGGAGUUGGAGAGCGAGGCGGAGAGGGGGAUUUCACUAUCUUUGUUGCCUUUCGAGGAAAUAUGGAUGACGAGGACUUACAAGAGAAACUUGACAACAUCCUUAACGGGAUGCCGAGUAUGCUUGAACUAGAUUCUGAUAGACUCCAGCCCCAGCAUGUGGAGCCAUGGAACAGUGUGCGCGUCACCUUUAACAUUCCCCGGGAAGCAGCGGAGCGCCUUAGGCUGCUGGCCCAGAACAACCAGCAGCAGCUCCGAGACCUGGGCAUCCUCUCUGUUCAGAUAGAAGGUGAAGGAGCCAUCAACGUGGCCAUGGGGCAGAACAGAGGUCAGGAGGUCAGGGUGAACGGACCAAUCGGCGCGCCCGGACAGAUGAGGAUGGAUGUGGGAUUCCCAGGACAACCAGGCCCAGGAGGCAUGAGAAUGAGCAACCCGUCGAUGGUCCCCCCUGGCCCCGGUAUAUCUGGCCAUGCCAUUGUCCCCAGCAGCAGUGGACAGAUGCACCCCAGACCCCCUUCGCAGACUGAUGCAAUGGACCCCAUGAUGUCCUUACAACAGCAGCAGCUUCAGCAUCCCCAGGCUGGCCCCCACAGCCAAGGCCCCAUGCCCCCCCAGGCUUCUCACCACAUUCAGGUCAUGCAGGCAGGGCGGCAGCUCAACCCAGCCGCUCUCCAGCAGCUGCAGCAGGCUCAGCAACAGGCCCAGCUCUCCCAGCUUGGUGGCCCCCGUCCCCCUUUCAAUCCCUCCGGCCAGAUGCCUGUACCCUCCGGCUGGAACCAGCUCCCCUCAGGGGUCCUCCAGCCCCCUCCAGCCCAGGGAGGACCCAUGGGUCCAGCAGCCUGGAGGAAGGCCCCUCCCCAAGUCCAGAUGGGUCAACGUCCCCCCUCCCUGGCUACGGUGCAGACCCCCAGCCACCCUCCACCUCCGUACCCGUUUGGUAGCCAGCAGGCUGGCCAGGUGUUUAAUGCUAUGGGGCAGCUCCAGCAACAGCAGCAGUCAGGGGCUGGUCAAUUUGCAGCCCCUCAACCUAAAGGUCCCCAAGGUGUGCUUGGAGGGGUGGCAGGACUGCCUAGACCUCAUCUGCCUCCAUCAGCAGGGCCUCAGGGUAACCUCACAGCCAAGUCCCCUGGGUCUUCAUCUUCCCCCUUCCAGCAGGGUUCUCCAGGGACUCCUCCCAUGAUGGGUCAGGCCCAGCUAGGCCCACGACCUAUGACCCCACAGGGUUUCUCUCAAGGGGUGGGCUCACCGGGCAGGGUGGUGAUGGGACAGCAGGGUAACAUGCAGCAAGGGUUCAUAGGAAUGCCCCAACAUGGGCAACCUGGACCUCAGGUUCAUCAAGGAGGAAUGGGAGGCAUGCCCAAACGUCUGCCCAUGGGGUUCCCUAGCGUCUCAGGGAACCAGAACUUUUCCCAGGGUCAGGUGACUAGCGCCCCAGGAACCCCAGGGGGAGGAGCCAAUCCCCAGCUCCAGAGCAGCCAGACUAUGGCCCACACAGGAGCCCAGUCGUCAGCCUCCACCCCCAACACCAUGCAGGGUCCCUCCCACUCCCAGCCCAACGUAAUGGGCCUCCACAGUGGCAUGGCUGGCCAGCCCCAAGGCACUAACUCCGGACCCAGUAUGAGCCAGCCCCAGCCAGGCCUCCAGUCCCAGAUGAUGGACCUCCAGGGCCAGCCCGUGUCCUCAUCCCCCAGCCAGAUGGUCCAAGGUGGGGGUCAGGGGCAGACAGUCCUCUCUAGACCCCUCAACCCAGGGCAGAGAGGAGGCAUGACCCCACCCAAACAGCUGAUGCCACAGCAGGGCCAGGGCCAGAUGGUUGGAGGGCCGGGGCACCAAGCGAUGCUCCUACAACAACAACAACAGCAGCAGCAGCAAAACUCCAUGAUGGAACAGAUGCAACAAAUGCAAGGAAACAAGCAGGUGUUUGGGUUGAAAGGUCAAGCCGGGGUCAUGCCAGGUCAGAUGAUGCGGGGUCCGUCUCCUAACGUGCCCGGUAACAUGGCUCAGUUCCAGCAGCCUCAGGUGGGCCAACAGCAGCAACAAAUGACUCCACAGCAGCAGCAUCAACAACAGCAGCAAAUGGCUCAGCUUCAACAGUUACAACAACUGCAGCUACAACAGCUACAGCAGCAGCAGCAGCAGCAGCAGCAGCAGCAACAACAACAACAGAUGACCCAGCAGCAGCAGCAGCAACAACAACAGAUGACCCAGCAGCAACAGCAGCAGCAACAACAACAACAACAACAGAUGACCCAGCAGCAGCCCCAACAGGUCCCCAUUGGCGGCAACCCCAACCAGGCCAUGGGUAUGCAGGGUCAACAGAUGAGACUCCCCAGUGGUCAUCCUCUUGUCCAACAGCAGCUACAGCAGCAGCAGCAGCUCCAACAAAAACAAGCCAUGCUGCAGCAGCAGCAGCAACAGGCAGCGCAGCAACACCCACACGCUCUCGGGGACCCCAGCAGUGCUACAGGCGACAUGGGCGGUGUCCAGCAGAUGCUCCCGGACAUGCAGGUUCAGCAACAAGGCAUGAUGGGAAUUGGAGUCCCUCAGCACAUGCAGGUGGGCAAUGGCCACUUCCCUGGUCACGGGAUGAACUUCAACCCCCAGUUCGGGGGUCAGAUGCCCAUGGGAGGUCCAUGUGCUCAGGCAGGGGGGUUUCCAGUGAAUAAGGAUGUGACGCUAACCAGUCCUCUCCUGGUCAACCUGCUUCAGAGUGACAUCUCUGCCAGUCAGUUUGGGCCUGGGGGGAAGCAGGCGGCUGGAGGACCUGGCCAGGCCAAACCCAAGAAGAAGAAACCACCACGCAAGAAGAAGCCGAAAGUAGGGGAGGGACAGCAGCUGGUCGAGGGGCUAGGGGGUCUGGAUGUGGGGGCUGGCCUGGAGGACCCAGAGCUGCCAGGGCUGAGUGGGGAACAGGGAGUGGGCAUGGACCCUUCCGGACCCAAACUCUCAGACUUCACCAACAGGCCUGCAGGUUUCCCAGGUCAGCCUGGAGACCAGAGAGUCCUACAGCAGGUGCCCAUGCAGUUCAUGCAACAACAGCAGCAACAACAGCAGCAACAGCAACAGCAACAGCAGCAGCAACAACAACAGCAACAGCAACAGCAGCAGCAACAGCAGCAGCAACAGCAGCAACAGCAGCAGCAGCAGCAGCAGCAACAGCAACAGCAGCAGCAGCAGCAGCAGCAGCAACAGCAGCAACAGCAGCAGCAACAGCAUCAAAUGCAGCAUAUGCAACAACAGCAAAUGCAACAGCUGCAACAACAGCAAAUGCAACAACAACAACUACAACAGCAGCAGAUGCAGGGACUGCAGGUUCCUCCUGGACAGCAGCAGGGGGUGACUGGACCUCCUGGUCCGACUCAAGUCCAGCCACAGAUGCACCCUCAUCAGCUACAACAGCAGCAGCAACAACAGCAGCAGAUGCUGAUGAUCAUGAAGAUGCAGCAGGAGCAGGCUAAGAGCCGGAUGCCCCUCACUCCAGGCGGGCAGCACCCCCCCAGGGGCAUGUUGAAUCCCGGGGAGGCCCAGAGGAUACCCGGUUCCCAACAGGGCAACAUGCCUGUCAUGAUCAACCUCCAGGGGCACGGAGGAGUGCCUCCCUCUCCAGAUAAACCCAGAGGGAUGCCCCUCAUGGUCAAUCCACAGAUGGCUGGGGCAGCCAGAAGGAUGUCUCACCCCGAGGCAGGGCAGGGUACUGGGGCUGAGGAGGCCCCUGGAGCGGCCAACUCCCUGCAAGACAGACCCGGGGGCCAGGAGAUGGGGAUGCCACCUGGGAACGGGGCCCAACAGAUGGUGGUGAACCAGGGCCCCAACGCCCACAUGAUGAAGCAAGGCCCAGGCCCCUCGCCCCAGCACCCUGGAGCCAGCCCCCAGCAGCAGAUGCCCCCUCAGCCCCAGCAGGGUGGCCCCAUGCCAGGCCUCCACUUCCCUAACGUCCCCACAACUUCCCAGAGCUCCAGGCCCAAAACACCCAACCGAGCCAGUCCCAGGCCCUACCACCAUCCUCUCACCCCAACCAAUCGUCCUCCCAGCACUGAGCCCUCUGAGAUCAACCUCUCCCCUGAGAGGCUGAAUGCCUCCAUCGCAGGCCUGUUCCCCCCCAAGAUCAACAUCCCUCUUCCCCCCAGGCAGCCCAACCUUAGCCGGGGUUUUGACCAGCAGGGUGGGCUCAACCCCACCACUCUCAAAGCCAUAGGGCAGGCCCCUCCCAGCCUAAUUCUGCCCAGCAACAACGGAAGUGGUGUAGGUAACUCUAACAGUGGUCAGCAGUCUUUCCCUACAAGCAUUGGAGCUGCCAACUCGGGCCAGGGCAAACCGGACAAGCAGCCUGGAGGUGGUCAGGCUAAAAGGGCCAAUCCCAGUAACGGCCGCAGAUCCAGCCCUGCCUCCAGCCGCAAAGUCACUAACCCCAGCUCAGGGAGGCAGAAGUGGACAAAAAUCACCCUCACAUCCCCUUCUCACCAGCAGCAGAUGGUCAACCCCCAGACAGGGCAGACCAUGAUGCUGAGCCCCACCCCGGUGCCUCCUAGCCCAGUCACUCUCCCACCAGCGGCGGGGGUGGGCCUGGAUCCCCAGCAGAUCCAGACCCCCUUCCAGGUGAUGCAGGGUAAUCCAGCUGAGAUGCCCAGGGAAGGGCAGGGAAUGUCAGGUGUAGAGCAGCGGCAGAUGCCACAGCCUCUGAGGGAGCUCUCCGCCCCACGGAUGGCUAGCCCCCGUGUAGCCACUCCUCAGGAGGCUAAAGCUGGGCUGGAGCAGACAGUGGUGAUAGUGGAGAGGCAGCCUGUACAGAGCACUCCUCAGCAGGUGUCUGGGUCUGAGGCCUCUCCUUCUCUCAGGGAUGCGCCUUCCUCCCUCAACCAGCUGCUGGAUAACGCAGCCACCCACAGCGUGCCUCCCAGGCCCUCUCUGAGUGCUCCAGCUGGGGAUGCUGCCUGCAAGGAGAGCUCUAAAGCCUCCAUAGUUUCAGAGAACCCAUCCAGUGUUUUUCAGAGCUCGAAUGCGGGGGCUACCACUGUUGCUACUACUGCUGCUGUGAACGAGCCAGAAGCUAAACCCAAGCCUAGCUCAACCCCCAGCCCAAAACUCCCAAAUCCAGUCGGUAGUCCUAACCUGCAGCGCAAUGCAAAUACCUAUCUGAAUGCUAAUCCUGGCCCUAGCCCCAAUCUUAACCCAACUGACAGCCCCAACCUCAACUCUAACUCUAGCCCCAGUAUCAAGCCAAGCACCCCUAGCCCUAACUUAAACCCUACCAUUUUCCACGGCCCUUCUCUAAACCCUACUCCUAGUCUUAGCGUCAGUGUGGGUGCCAGCCUCAAUCACAGUAGUCCCCUCCCCAACAUUACCUCCAGCCCCAAACCUAACCCAAACCCUGCCAUUAGCCCCAAACCAACCCCCAGCCCCAAACCUAACCCAAACCCUGCCAUUAGCCCUAAACCAACCCCCAGCCCCAAACCUAUCCCAAACCCUGCCAUUAGCACAAAACCAACCCCCAGCCCCAAACCUAACCCAAACCCUGCCAUUAGCCCCAAACCAACCCCCUGCCCUAAACCCUCGACCAAUGUCCCCACUGUCCUGCACAUCCCUGCAUCAUCCGCCACCAUCUCCCCCAACCAGAUCAGUUACACCCCAGCUCCCACCCCCCAGGCCCCCCCAGCCGUCAUCUCCGCUAUGGUGGCAAUGUCCAAAAAGAACAUCAGACCCCAGCAGCCCAGCCAGCAGACCCGGGGCCCCCACCCCCAGUUUAUCACCACUCCUGUGUUUAACACCGGCACCCCCAUCUUCCAGGUCCCUACAGUGUCUGUGGCCCCCAACGUCACGGUAGUGUCCCAGCCGGUCACCAUGGUAAAGCCCAUACAGGUGUCCACCACUAACAUCCAGCUCACUGCUGCUCCAACCCAGGCCCAAGCCCCGGCCUCGACUCUGGCUGCUGUGGUCAGUGUGGCUAGCUCCCAGCCUGCCCGAACGCUAGUUGGGCAGGUCCAGAUGGCCACUAGACGUGCUUCCCCUGUCCCUGUUAGUGCUCUGCCUCGUCCUCAGCAGCAAAGCCCUGGCACUCCCAAGUCGGAGACCACGGGUGAGGCUCCCCCUGGCCAGAAAUUGAGCCCACUAGUUGGGCAGCUGUCCCCCGAUCCCAUCUUCUCUCCCACAGCCUUGGCGUCUGCCUCGUCUUCCGUCCAACAGCCCCUAGUGUCCCCUCCUCCAUGCUCCAGUCCUGGUGCCCCAGCCAGCGCCCGGAAGAGCCCUAUGUCCCCCCCCUUGCCUGCCCAGGGAAAGCCUGCCCAGGCUCCUGGCUCUGCACCACCAGUGGGUAAUCGACCAGACUACCAGCAGGUUGCUAAAGCACGGGCUGCCCAACCUUUAGAGGGGACUUCCCAGCCCCAGAGGGGGCCGAACUGGGCUGUGCCCCCUCACGCCUUCAAUCCCCCCCCUGCAUCUGUCAUCCAGACUCGCACCACAGUGUCUGGAGCACAGACUCGCACCACAGUGUCUGGAGCACAGACUCGCACCACAGUGUCUGGAGCACAGACUCGCACCACAGUGUCUGGAGCACAGACUCGGACCACAGUGUCUGGAGCACAGACUCGGACCACAGCUGCUGCUGUUCCUCUGAAAGUCACCUCUCCUCCUCCAGUAUCAGCGCCAACUCCUGUCCCUGCUCAACCUGCUGCACCAGCCCUGUCCUGUCUUCCUGCCUCUACUACUACCACCCCUUCCCCAGUGUCAGUCCCUGUCACCACCCGCACCCCAACUCCUGCCCCUGUUCCUACCCCUGCUACGUCUGUCCCUGCUCCUCCUUCAGCCUCAGUCCCAAGUCCAUCCACCUCUCCUGCUGCUGCCGCCCCUGGACCCUCCAACCCCCCCGGUGACUCCCCAGCCAUAUCCUCCCUAGUGGCCCCUACCCCUACUGGGGCUCAGCCUGCCCCCACAGCCAUGGAGCCUCCCAGCCAGCCAGCCCCACUAGAGCCCCCAGCACCUGCAGGGAACACCCCAGUGUCAGUCCAACCUGAACCUCUACAGCAAGAGGAGCCUGCUGCUACGGAGAAGACUGCAGAAGUUGCCACAGUAACUGAGCAAGGAUGGGCAAAGAAAAGAAAGACUCCCGCCAACUUAGUCCCAAGGGCUGCUGUGGAGAAGCCGAAAGGUCCCAGCAGACGGAGCUCGCGGGCUGAAAAGGAGGUGGAGGAGGAAACGGUGGCAGACGGCGCGCAGAGGAAGAGACCAGCCAGGCCUGGAGCCAGCGCUAUGGUUGCUGCUAAAGAAACCGGUGCCAGUCCUACCCAGGCUAAGAGAAGGAAGUCUAAAUGACCACAGUAGUGAAACCCUGUGAACUGUAAAUGUAUUUUUCUGUCAAUCAUUCAAUGAGUUUAUUUUCUCCCAGAUUAUGAAUUCUCAACGGAGAAAAUAACCAUGUACAGAUAAUUGUUUGAAAAUAAUGAUGUUGAUGUUUUGUCCCAGCGAUCAUGUGAGGUUGUAGCUAGUGUGUUUGUGCGCACGUGAAUGUUUUGUUUUUUAAAAAUUAUGCUGGAUUAAUUAUGUGAAGACUGAUAAUUGAAGGUGUCUCAAUUGUAUAAUUAUGUUGUGAAACUUAAUAAAAUGUUCUGCUACUUAA